CUGGGAGGCUGAGGCGAGAGGGAGCUGUCCGGGUGGGGAGCCCACACUACCUUCUUCUUUUUCCUCCUCCUCCGGGUGAGGGGAGCGAAGGUUGGGGCCCCGACCCCAUGGACCGGGAGGAGGCGGAGGCCGCCGAGAGCCGGGGCCCCGCUGUGUGGCCCUGAGCCCCGUGAACGGUUCCAUCUGUCUGGAAGGCCAUGGAGAAGAGGCUGGGAGUCAAGCCAAGCCCUGCUUCCUGGAUUUUAUCAGGAUUUUGUUGGCAGCUAUCUGUGAAAUGGUUGAGAAGCCUGUACCUGUUUUUUACUUGCUUCUGCUUCAGUGCUCUGUGGUUGUCAACAGAUGCCAGUGAGAGCAGGUGCCAGCAUGAGAAGACAGAAUUUGGAGUUGGCCUGAGAUCUGGGGGAGAAAAUCACCUCCGGCUUCUUGAAGGAACCCCCUCUCUCCAGUUGUGUUGGGCUGCUUGCUGCCAGGAUUCUGUCUGCCACGCCUUUUGGUGGUUAGAAGGGAUGUGCAUUCAGGCAGACUGCAGCAGGCCCCGGAGCUGCCAGACUUUCAGGACAGACUCUUCCAAUUCCAUGCUGGUGUUUUUUAAAAAAUUCCAAACUGCAGAUGGUUUGGGCUAUCCACCUGAAGAAGAUGAACCACAUAUUCUGGGGCUAGGUUGGAGCAGGGUAUCUUGGAGAAGACAGAAUCCACCCAGAGCUCCACUCAGACCCACCGUAUCUUCUAGUGACCAGCAGAGCUUAAUCAGGAAGCUUCGCAAGAGAGAUAGUCCCAGUGAAGAAGUAGCUACACAUACAGUGACACAGCAUUCUGAAAUGAAUGACUCCAAGGAAGUAGGUGAUCUGAAUACCAGUGGUUCUGCAGAGGUCCACAAGGCCGUUGUAAUUUCCAGUCCCUUAACCACAGUCCUGACUGCGGAGACUCCUGGUUGGUCAAAGAAUGUGUCAGUCCAGCCUGAGACAUCAGAGGAUCCUGGUGCUACGCCUAGCACUCAGCACACAAAAAGCCCUGGGAGAAUCCAGAUUGUUACCCCUCUGCCAGUGGCUCCCUCCUACAGUUAUGCUACCCCUACCCCCCAGGCCUCUUUCCAGAGCACCUCAGCACCAUACCCAGUUAUAAAGGAGCUGGUGGUAUCCGCUGGAAAGAGUGUUCAGAUCACCCUGCCUAAAAAUGAGGUUCAGUUAAAUGCAUUUGUUCUGCAAGAACCACUUGAAGGAGAAACCUACACCUACGACUGGCAGCUGAUUACUCAUCCCGAAGACUACAGUGGCGAGAUGGAAGGGAAACAUUCCCAGAUCCUCAAACUAUCCAAGCUUACUCCAGGCCUGUAUGAAUUCAGAGUGAUUGUAGAUGGUCAAAAUACCCAUGGGGAAGGCUAUGUGAACGUGACAGUAAAACCAGAGCCUCGUAAGAAUCGGCCUCCAGUUGCCAUUGUGUCACCACAGUUCCAGGAGAUCUCUUUGCCAACCACUUCUACAGUCAUUGAUGGCAGCCAAAGCACUGAUGAUGAUAAAAUCGUCCAAUACCAUUGGGAAGAACUUAAGGGACCUCUGAGAGAAGAGAAGAUUUCUGAAGAUACGGCCAUAUUAAAACUAAGUAAGCUCGUCCCUGGGAACUACACUUUCAGCUUGACUGUAGUAGACUCUGAUGGAGCAACCAGCUCUACCACUGCGAGCCUGACAGUGAACAAAGCCGUGGAUUAUCCCCCUGUGGCCAAUGCGGGCCCCAACCAAGUGAUCACCCUGCCCCAAAACUCCAUCAUCCUCUUUGGGAACCAGAGCACCGAUGAUCAUGGCAUCACCAGCUAUGAGUGGUCACUCAGCCCAAGCAGCAAGGGGAAAGUGGUGGAGAUGCAGGGUGUUAGAACACCAACCCUGCAGCUCUCUGCCAUGCAAGAAGGAGACUACACUUACCAGCUCACAGUGACUGACACGAUAGGACAGCAGGCCACUGCUCAAGUGACUGUUAUUGUGCAGCCUGAAAACAACAAGCCUCCACAAGCAGAUGCAGGCCCGGAUAAGGAGCUGACCCUUCCUGUGGACAGCACAACCCUGGAUGGCAGCAAAAGCUCAGAUGAUCAGAAAAUUAUCUCAUAUCUCUGGGAGAAAACACAGGGACCCGACGGGGUGCAGCUCGAGAAUGCUAACAGCAGUGUCGCCACUGUGACAGGGCUACAAGUAGGAACCUACGUGUUCACCUUGACCGUCAAAGAUGAGAGGAACCUGCAAAGCCAGAGUUCUGUGAAUGUCAUUGUCAAAGAAGAAAUGAACAAACCACCUGUAGCCAAGAUAACUGGGAGUGUGGUGAUUACCUUGCCCACGGACACAGCAGAACUGGAUGGCUCCAAGUCCUCAGAUGAUAAGGCAAUAGUCAGCUACCUCUGGACCCGAGAUGAGGGGAGCCCAGCGGCAGGGGAGGUGCUGAAUCACUCUGACCACCACCCGAUCCUCUUUCUUUCCAACCUGGUUGAGGGCACCUACACAUUUCACCUGCAUGUGACUGAUGCGAAGGGGGAAAGUGACACAGACCGGACCACCGUGGAGGUGAAGCCUGAUCCCAGGAAAAACAACCUGGUGGAGAUCAUCUUGGAUGUCAACGUCAGUCAGCUAACUGAGAGGCUGAAGGGGAUGUUCAUCCGCCAGAUUGGGGUCCUCCUGGGGGUGCUGGAUUCCGACAUCAUUGUGCAAAAGAUUCAGCCGUACACGGAGCAGAGCACCAAGAUGGUAUUUUUUGUUCAAAACGAGCCUCCCCACCAGAUCUUCAAAGGCCAUGAGGUGGCAGCGAUGCUCAAGAAUGAGCUGCGGAAGCAAAAAGCAGACUUUCUGAUAUUCAGAGCCCUGGAAAUCAAUACUGUCACAUGCCAGUUGAACUGUUCUGACCAUGGCCACUGUGAUUCAUUCACCAAACGCUGUAUUUGUGACCCUUUUUGGAUGGAGAAUUUCAUCAAGGUGCAGUUGAGGGACGGAGACAGCAACUGUGAGUGGAGCGUGUUGUAUGUUAUCAUUGCUUCCUUUGUCAUCGUUGUCGCCCUGGGAAUCCUGUCCUGGACUGUGAUCUGUUGUUGUAAGAGGCAGAAAGGAAAACCCAAGAGGAAAAGCAAGUAUAAGAUCCUAGAUGCCACGGAUCAGGAGAGCCUGGAACUGAAGCCAACCUCCCGAGCAGGCAUCAAACAGAAAGGCCCAAUGCUGAGCAGCAGCCUGAUGCGCUCUGAGUCGGAGCUGGACAGUGAUGAUGCCAUCUUCACGUGGCCAGAUCGAGAGAAGGGCAAACUCCUGCAUGGUCAGAAUGGCUCCGUGCCCAACGGGCAGACCCCACUUAAGGCCAGGAGCCCACGAGAGGAGAUCUUGUAGCUACUUGGUCUGUUUCCUCAGGGUAGGGGUGGGCAGUGCGAGUCCAGAGCAUUGCCAGGCUGGUUCUCAUACCUCCCAUGUCCGUGGGCAGCUCUUCUCCCAGCGUCUGCUGGUCAUUCCACCCUAAUACCCUCAACCAGAGCUGCUGGCACCUGAAUCCAGAGACUCUCUCCGGGAACCCUGAAUGAAGCUGUGAACGAAGAGGUUUCCUCUUUAAAACCCUUCUGGUAGGCCCCCCCCGCCCCCGCCAAAUGUCCUCACCUCAGGGCCUCCUUUUUCACAAACCCCUCCUCUGCUCCAAGGGCUGUCCAGCCAGCUCCCAGCUGCCUCUCCAGUUCCUUGUUGGCAGUGUUGCUGCUCCCAGGGCACCCGCACAGCAAGUCCUGGCUGUAGAACAAGCACCACCAGCCUCCUGCUCCAAGAGCCUGCCUGUGGGCACAUUCUUUGUUCUCUUCUUUGGGACAGAGCCGUUAUCUUUUCGCUAGGUCCAGAGAAAGUGGAACCCCCUGUCCUCACCACUGAUGCCCGUGUCCAGCCUGAGAUUAGGGGAGGACUGGCUGUUUCAGGAAUGGAGGCGCCCCUCUGGCUGCUGGGCCAUCUGUCAGACAGCUGGGCUGGCCACAGACCCUUUCCUUCCUCCUGACCUGCUGCUUCAGGGCUCAGGCCCCCAUGCCCUGCCCGCAGGCGACAGUCAGUCACACGCUGACUGGAAUGUGAUGGCAUGAGCGCAUGUGUGUGACUGCCCCAUGGCGGUCUCCUCUGUGUCUGUCUUGUGUGUCCCUUGCAUGUGUGUGUGUGUGUGUGUGUGUGUGUGUGUCAGAAUGUGCGCAUAUCAACUCCUCAUAGGGCUCUCGGCUACUUGUGAGGCUACCUGGACAGACUUUUAGCUCCUUGGAGCAGAGACUUUCUGAAUCCCUCUGGCCCUGUCACUGGUUCCUCAGCCAUGGUCAUCCUGGGUGUUGGGGAUUGGGAGCUUUGGGGGAGUGACUUUUUGAAAAGAAACUUAGUUUACACUACUGCACUACUGUCUGUUGUGAGAUGAUUAAACAUGCUAUUUAAUUGUAUGUGUGCCUGCUGGGUGUGCUGCUUUGUGCUACACUGCUGACCUGUACCAUGGGUCCAGCCACCUAUGCAUCCCUGGGACGCGAUAGCCUCCAGUAAGGAAGUUGUGGGCCUUGGCAUCAGUGUGUGUGGCUGAUGGUGCUGAGAUUCUGCCUCAGCCGCUGCCUGGCCACUGGUGGAGGGGUGCAGGCUCCCGGCCUCUGCUGGCCAGCUGCUCCCCCCUGGCUUUCAGGGAGGGGGUUUUCUGUCCUCUUCUCCAACCUUCUGUUAACACAAAAAUGAUUCAUUCCUCCACCUUCACCCCGCCCUCUGAACCAAGCAGGGGAUUCAGAGUGUCCUAACGCCCAGGGUGUGGACUUUAGAUUUCUGGGCCCCUGUGCUUCCCUUUUGGAUUUUCAAAGCAAUAGGGGGCCUCAUGCCCCAGAACACAGUGCAGUAUUCAUGGAGCAGCUUGCACAGCACGUAGGGUAGGAGGAGGGCUGGUGUACAGUCUCUCUCCCAGGAAGGGGAGGGGAGAGGACAAUGGAGCUCAUACUCUACCCAAGGCCCUGCGCACAAAAACCCCCUGGGCAUGAGAAUUGGCUCCGUUUUCACAGAUACAGAAACUGAGGCAUAGCAAGAAAUAACUCGGUCCACAUACAAUAAAUGACAGAAUUAGAACUCGGGCCUCGCAGAAGUCUGUGGGGGACCGACUGUGGACUUUCUGAUGGAGGUCUGGCACAGGAGGAUGUACCUUUCUACUAAGUUCCCAGGAGACACUACGCUGCAGGUCCGGGGGCACACCGUGAGCACUACUGGUCUGGAAGUGUGUAUCUAGUGCAACGUUCAAGAGGAGCGGCAGCUGUCCCAUCCUGAAGGUUGGAGGUAAUCACAGAAGCAAAAGCUUGAAUCGCUUCAGGCCAAGGAUACAGGUUUCCUCAGGGCUGCAGGUCAGGCUACACAGGAGGAGAAGGUGGGCAGGUGACCAGGAUUUGAUCACUUACUGGCCUUCUGGACUUGUCCUGUUUUGGGGUGUGGGGCUCAUUUCUACAUCUUACCUCAGCCACAGCUCACUGAAGGAUAUGCUUUUAUCUCCGAGAUGAUGAAUUUUUCAUCCCCUACUCUUCCCACUGAAAAAAGGACAAAACCCAGAAACCAAUGCUGCUGUCCUGUUAGGCAUAUUUCCAGUUGAGUACAGGAAAUAUUCAGCAUUACCAAAGCACCAGUGUCCCCUUACUCAUCGUCUUGUCUCUACUCCUUAGCACAGUGGCUGAUACGCACUUCCGAGCGUGCCUGUGGUGAGCACAGUCUAAAAGGGUGAUCCAUCCUAGAGAUGUGGGGGAUGUGGCUUCUCAAAGGAAAAUGUCAGCUGAACAAGGGAAAAGAUGGCAGAUCUUGUCACUGCUGAACUGAGCUGACACUCCAGGGAAACAUGGCCUACUGAGUUCCCAGAGGUAUUAGGAGAAUAAAGAGAAGGGGUUAAAAUAUGAACAACAAAAUAAGGUGGGGGUGGGGGUGGGGGGGGGUCAAAUGAUGACUGAAAUUAAAGUAAGCUAAGGUCCUGGAUUUAAGUCAAGUAUUCAUGUUAUAAAUAUUGAGGACACCAUUAACAAUUGGUAACUGGCAUAUGUAACAUCUGCACCAGACAAGGGAUGAAAAAAAUACUUCAAUCAGUGAAACCAUACAGGAAUGAAGGGGGAGAAAGCAGUUUUUUAAAAAUGUGACCACUUAAUGGGCAAAAGUUGUCAGAUUAGACAUUAAAACCACCACUGCCGUCACCACCACCACCACUUCCAAACUGAAGUUAACAGAUUGGAUAUGUUUGUAAAACUGUGUGAGAGAGACACGUAAAAUACAACAUUGAAACACUGAAAAAGAAAACAGUAAAGAUAUAGUAGGGGCUUUGGUCCUUAUUAAGAUGAUAAAGUGGCAUAGGCUACUGGCUCCCCUCCCCCCAAAAUAAUACACCUUAGGAGAUGGCAUAAAUCUGAGGAGCCACCACCAAACCCAGCAACAAACCACCCCCAAAUCCUGUAAGUAUGCCUAGGAGACUGAAGGUCAUCAUAAACUGGGAGGUAGGCCAUAAGUGAGAAGUCUACCCUUUGCUGCACAUGGAAUAAUCAGUCAAUUCACUCGUGUCAGCGGGACACUGUCAGGGCAGGGCCGUAAGCUCUGCUGAGAUGAAAAGGGCUUGGCUGGGCUGCUCUUGAGAUUAAAAAACCCUUCCCUCUCCAACGCCCCAAGACUGGUAGAUGACAACUAGGAAGUUGCUGCUGCUUCCUAAGGAUCUGAGGCAACUACUGGUAAAGCAGUUAACAGAGCCUUUGAGGUGUCUGGAGGUUAUUACCUUCCCCUUCUUAAUCUCACUGGGAUGGACAGCAUAGAGCCUGGCCUUAGCCUUUCAUCAAUAAAUGUUACUAGACAGGAGCUGGUGCUCUGAAGAAACAUGAGCUCCUUGGCCAAAAUAACCAGAUGCUGCCUGGGGUGUACAACCCUCAGCCCCAAAGACAGCAAACUAAAUACACACAUUAGUCAAGAACUAAAAAUAAAGCAAAAUCAAUGUACAGGGAAACAUUAGCAGUGUGAAACAGGAACAGGAAGUACAGGGAAAUACCCAGGAUGAAAAAUAAUAAUGAAUGGGAUAAAGUGACAGAUACAGGUCAAAACAAAUCAGCAUCCUGAGGAUCUUUACCACCAGAAAGCAGGAAAGGAAAAAGACACACAGCAGUCCAGGGGCAGAACAGAAGUGCCGACAUGUGAGUAACUGGGAGUCCUAGAAGGAAAGGGAAGAAGUAGAAAAGGAAAUAUUUGAUGUAGUAAGACCAGAAUUAAAGAUCAAAGAACUCAUGGAUAAGUAGGGGAAACGUACUGAAACCAGAAACACUGUAGCAAGACAGCGAGAGAUGGUUUUAAAGACCAUCUAAGAAAAGCAAAAAUUCUGAAAGCUCCCAGAAGAGAAAUAGUAGAUCGAUUACAAAGGGAGAAGAAUCAGACUGACAUCAGGUUUCUUAACAGUAUCCUUAUGUGAGAGACAAAGAAUCACAUUUCCAAAAUGCUGAAGAAAAAGAACUUUGAGCUCAAAAUUUAUAUCAAGAAAAACUCAUUUGAGAAUGUAAUAAAAGAUAUUCUCGGCUGGGACACCUGGGUGGCUCAGUUGGUUAAGCGUCCGGCUUCAGCUCAGGUCAUGGUCUCACGGUUUGUGAGUUCGAGUCCCACAUCAGGCUCUGUGGACAGUUCAGAGCCUGGAGCCUGCUUCGGAUUCUGUGUCUCCCUCCUUCUCUGCCCCUCCCCUGCUCACGUGCUCGCUCUCUCUCAAAAAUAAACAUUUAAAGAAAAAAAAAAUAUUCUCAGAGCACAUGGCUAGCUCAGUUGGUGGAGCAUGUGACUCUUGAUCUUGGGGUUGUUGAGGCUGAGCCCCACGUUGGGGGUAGAGUUUACUUUACAAAAAUUCUCAGGAAUGUAAACCUUCAAAAUUAUUUUCACAAAAGAUCCAUUUAAAAAAUAUUCUUGGAAGUGGUCAAAUACAAAAAAUAAAUUUAGACAUGAGAAGAGAUACAGGAAGUAGUGGCGAACAAAUAAAAUAUUCUGGCAAAGUUUGUAAUCUGAAACAGCUAGGGCCAAUGGAAAACAAAAUGAAGUGUAUCAACAAUACAAAACCAAAAUUCCAAAGAAUACCAACAUGGUAUGGUUAGGAAGACCAAGAACAUAAGAGUAUAAUGUCUUAUCAGGAAGACUUAGAUGGCAGUUAAACCAACUGGGGUAAACAAAUGAUUACUAUUGAGUAAAAUUGAAAAAAAAAACAAAACUGGAAUGUAUUACCACUUUUUAUUUUUUAGUAACCUCUACACCCAACACGUGGGGCUUGAACUCACAACCCGACAUCAAGAGUCGCAUGCUCCCUCAACAAAGCCAGCCAGGUGCCCGUGGCAUGUAUUAUUACUUUUAAGCAGGUAGAAGAAAAAUUUCCAUUGCUACUCAAUGGAAAGCAAGAGGGAAAAAAUACAGUAAGUAGAAACUGAAAUAAUAGCAGAACUAGCUUGGCUGGGAAGAUGACAGAGUAGGAGGACUCUAAGCUUACCUUGUCUCACAGAUACAUAAUACAUCAACAUAAAUAACCCAGAAAACGAUCUGCAGAUUGGCAGAACAAAUUCCACUAAAGGUAGAGAAGAGACCACACCUGAAGAAGGUAGGAAGGGUCAAGAUGUGGUCCACAGUGGGAACGGAGCCGGUGGUAUGAAGGGCAAAAAACAGACUUUCACACCUGGGAGCCCAUGAACAGGGAAGAUGUAUACCACAUAAUACCUGCCUUUGAAAGAAAGAGUGGCAGAAUUUUGUGAGUAACAACUCACAAACCAGCUGGAUUUAAAGCCUGGAAUUUUUAAAUUCUGCAGGCUCAGCUCUAGGAGAACCUGGAGGGCAUUAGGAAGCAGAAUUCACCCCCCUAACUCCCGUCCCCAAGAAACCACACAGCCAGUGCAGAUACAGCAAGGAAUCGGCAGUUUGAAAAGCACCAGGGGCAGCUGAGAGAUGAAUAAUUUGCUCAUCCUAGAGCAUGACCUGGAAAGACAGGGACAACCAGGAAGAUGGCUCUAGGAACAAAGGAGCUGACAGGUACCAUUUCCCUACUCCACCCCCAAGUAUAAAAAACCCAAACAGCAGGGUUCUGGCUCUGACACUUGUUACCUAAAUCGCCUGCACCAACACCCUCCACCCCUCCUCACUUCUGUGGACUCAUCCUUCCCACUCACCCGCCUUAAGUCGUGGAGUUGUGGGCCGCACCCCAAAAGGUCAACACAUCUCUUGACUCAUGUUUUGCGGGACCUCAGUUCUGGAGGUGGCAGUUGAGGCGGGGGGGGGGAAGGUCAGGUCUCACUUCCCAAGCAGACCACUACACACAUUGUUAAAAUGUGUUCCAUCUCUACUGGGGACCAAACACUGCCCACAAUAGGCAAAGAAAGCCUCUGCAGACAGCUGGACUGAAGAAAGAAGAGGCUAAGACAAAACCACAGAGAAGAUACAACACACAUAGAAGACACUCCUUGAAGUGCCAGGCCCUGGGGAACAGGGGACAUGGCACUGCAGGGCACUGAAGGACCUCUUCUUCAUAAGGCUAUUCUUGUUAAAAGGAAGAGAAGUAGCUGACUUUCCUAACAGAAACAGACACAGAAAGUUAGACAAAAUGUGGAGACAGAAAAAUAUGCCCCAAAUGAUAGAAUAGGACCAAACCACAGCAAGAGACCUAAGCAAAAUGGAUGUAAGUAAUAUGCCUGAUGGAGAAUUUAAAGUAAUGAUCAUAAAGAUACUCAUUUAACAAGAGUGAAUGACAUCAAUGAAACCCUUAACACAGAGAUAAAAAAGAACCAUGCAGGGGGCACCUGGGUGGCUCAGUCGGUUAACCAUCUGACUUUAGUUCAGGUCAUGAUCUCACGGUCUGUGGGUUCGAGCCCCGCGUCGGGCUCUGUGCUGACAGCUCAGAGCCUGGAGCCUGCUUCGGAAUCUGUGUCUCCCUCCCUCUCUGCCCCUCCCCUGCUCAUGCUCUGUCUCUCAAAAAAUAAACGUUAAAAAAAAAAAAGAACCAUGCAGAGAUCAAGAACACAAUAAAUGAAACUUAAAAUACACUUGAUGGAAUAAAUAGCAGGAUAGAUGAAGCAGAGGAAUGAAUUAACCACCUGGAAAACAGAGUAAUGGAAAGUAACCAAGCUGAACAAAGGAAAUAAAAUUAUGCAAAUUGAAAACAGUCUAAGGGAAUUCAGUGAUACCAUCAAGUGUAGUAACAUUCACAUUAUAGGGAUCUCAGAAGAAGACAGAGAAAAGGGGGCAGAAAUUUUAUUUGAAAAAGUAAUAGCUGAAAACAUCCCUAAUCUGAGGAAGGAAACAUCCAGAUCCAGGAGGCACAGAGAUUCCCCCCCCCCCCAAUUCAACCUAAGGAGGUCCACACCAAGAAACAUAGUAAUUAAAAAUAGAAAAAAAAUAAGUUCUAAAGAAAUUUUCAAAGCAGCAAAAGAAGGCAGUUACAUACAAGGGAAACCACAGAAGACACUCAGCAGAUCUUUCAGAAAAAACUUUGCAGGCCAGAAGGGAGUGUUAUAACAUAUUCAAAGUUCUGAAAGGGAAAAAUCUGCAGCCAAUAAUACUCUAUCCAGCAAGGUUAUCAUUCAAAAUAGAAGGAGAGAGAAAGAGUUUCUCAGACAAACAAAAACUAAAGGGGACUCUGAGUGCAAAGGAAAUACCCCGAGGGACAGUAUGAAAAGUAAAAAAAAUCAGAAAAACAGUAAAAAAAAGUAUUUCUGUAAAAAUCACUCAAGGGAUUCAUAAAAAGAUGUAAAAUAUAGCAACAUAUACAUAAAAAACGGGGAGGAGAGGAAUAAAGACUAGGUUCAAACCUAAGUGACCAUCAACUUAAUACAGAUUGUUUUACGCAGAAGAUGUUUUAUACAAACCUAAUGGUAACCGCAAAAAAAUCAGUAAUAGAUAUGCAAAGAAUCAAGAGAAAGAAAUCCAAAUGUAUCAUUAGAGAAAGCCAACAAACCAAGACAGAAAGAGAAGGUUCAGAAAAAAUCUCUAGAAACAACCACAAAACAAGUGACAAAAUGGCAAUAAAUACAUAUCAAUAAUUACUGAUUAUAAAUGGACUAAAUGCUUCAAUCAAAAGACACAGGGUAGGGGUGCCUGGGUGGCUCCGUUAGUUGAGCAACUGACUUCGGCUCAGGUCAUGAUCUCAUGGCUCAUGAGUUCAAGCCCUGCAUCAGGUUCUGUGCUGACAGCUCAGAGCUUGGAGCCUGCUUUGAAUUCUGUGUGUCUCCAUCUGUCUCUGCCCCUUCCCUGCUUGUUGUUUCUGUCUCUCCCUUAAAAAUAAAUGAACAUUAAAAAAAUUUUUUUAAAGACACAGGGUAACAGAGUGGAUCAAGAAAUGAGACCCAUCUAUAUGCUGCCUACAAGACACUCAUUUCCAACUGAAAGACAUCUACAGAUUGAAAGUGAGAAGACGGGAGAAAUAUUUAUCAUACAAAUGGAUGUCAAAAGAAAGCUGAAGUAGCAGUAUUUAUAUUGGACAAAACAGACUUUAAAACAAAGACUGUGGAGCACCUGGGUGGUUCAGUAGGUUAGACUCUUGAUUUCAGCUCAGGUCAUGACCUCAUGGUUUGUGAGUUUGAUUUCCAUACUGGACUCUGCUGACAGUGUGGAGCCUGCCUGGGAUUCUCGCUCCCUCUUUCUCUGCUCCUCCCGUGUGCUCUCUCACAAAAUAAACAAACAAAGACUGUAACAAGAGACAAACAAGGACACUAUAUAACAAUAAAGGAGACAAUCCAACAGGAUAUAAUAAUUGUAAAUAUUUAUGUACCCAACAUGGGAGAACCCACAUACAUGAAAGAGUUAAUAACAAACAUAAAGGAAAUAAUUGAUAGUAAUAAUAUUAGGGGACUUUACCACCAAACCUACAUUGAUGGACACAUCAUCCAAACAGAAAAUCAACUUAGAAUAAAUGGAUAAAUUCCUAGAAACAUAUAACCAACCAAAACUGAACAGCAGGAAGAAACAGAAAUUUUGAAUAGAUCAAUUACCAGCAGCAAAAUUGAAUCAGUAAUCAAAACACUCCCCGAAACAAAAGUCCAGGACCAUAUGGCUUCAGAGGCAAAUUCUAGCAAACACAUAAAGAAGAGUUAAUACCUAUUCUUCUCAAAUUAUUCCAAAAAAAUAGAAGAGGAAAGAAAACAGACAAAUUCAUUCUCUGAGGCCAGUAUCACCGAUACCAAAACCAGAUGAAGACACCACAAAAAGAGAA